AUGGGCUCUAAAACACUUGAAAAUGGGGGCCAGGGAGGUGAAUAUGCUCCUCCCAGCUCUACUAAGCCCAAUGCCACUGGUGGAGAACCGCGUGGAACCCAUCUGUCCCGCGAUGGCGAUGGUACCCUCGGGGAUGACGAUGGCGGUGAUGACGGCGACAGCGACCAUGCCGCCGGUGCUGUUACCUUGCCGUUGACACCCGACUCCGCGUCUCCGGCUAAAUCCCAAAAGAAGAAACGAAAGAAGCCUAAGAAGAAGUCUUCUUCCAAGCAAUCUUCACCACCACGAGUCCCUCUCACCAAACUAUUCCCUGCCGGCAAGUACCCGACUGGUGAAUUGCUGAAAUAUGCGCCUGUCGAGAAUACGGCUCGCACCACGGGUGAGGAGGUCCGAUAUGAGUCUCGUAAUCGCCUUGAAGACGAAACUUUCCUGAACGACUAUCGCAAGGCAGCGGAGAUUCACCGUCAGGUCCGACACUGGACGCAGCAGAACGUCGCCCCGGGUCAGACACUCACGGAGAUUGCCGUGGGCAUCGAAGACGGCGUGAGAGCGCUGCUCGAUAACGAUGGUCUUGGUACCGGGGAUUGUCUCGUGUCUGGCAUGGGAUUCCCGACUGGUCUUGCGCUGAACAAUUGUGUUGCGCAUUACACACCCAACCCCGGUCAGAAAGAAGUGAUUCUCAAAUCGAGCGACGUGAUGAAGGUCGAUUUUGGAGUUCAUAUCAAUGGCUGGAUCGUUGACAGUGCUUUCACCAUGUCAUUUGAACCAACCUACGACAAUCUGCUUGCUGCUGUCAAGGAUGCAACGAAUACUGGUAUUCAGAAUGCUGGAAUUGACGUUCGUAUUAGCGAUGUCAGCGCUGCCAUCCAGGAAGCGAUGGAAAGCUACGAGGUUGAGAUCAAUGGUAAAUCGAUCCCGGUUAAGGCAGUGCGAGGUCUCAGUGGUCACAACAUUGAUCGAUAUCGCAUCCAUGGUGGCAAAUCCAUUCCAUUUGUCAAGAACAACGACAACACCAAAAUGGAGGAGGGAGAGGUCUUUGCUAUCGAAACAUUCGGCACAACUGGCCGAGGCCACAUGUUCGAUGGUAUUGGUAUCUACGGAUAUGGAAAAGACCCAUUCGCGCCGAAGAAGAUCAAGACCCAUCUCGCCAGUGCCAAUUCCCUGUAUCAGAAGAUCAACGAGAACUUUGGCUCUAUUGUCUUUUGUCGCCGUUAUCUCGAACGGCUGGGCGUUGAGCGUUAUCUGGCUGGCAUGAACACUCUUGUGAAUAAUGGAGUCGUUGAAGCCUAUAAGCCGCUUAUGGACGUCGAAGGUUCCUAUUCCGCACAGUUUGAACAUACAAUUCUGCUGCGCGGAUCAAACAAGGAAGUCAUCAGCCGCGGCGAUGACUAUUGA